GUAGCAUUCAAAUUCUUACAUUUUGUCAUUUCAGUUCAGCUUGUAUUUCGAUCGAUAUUAUGUUAGACUCAGAUUAAAAUUGCUGAUUUUUUUUUUUCAUAUCUAUGUUAAAAGACUAACUUCAAUUCAAGUGGAUGCUACCAGAACUCCAAACAGUGGCUGAUACUAUGUCUUUCAGAAUUUCUGCUUCUGACUAUGUUUCGAUUGAAUGGGUUUAAUCAUGCAGUUGAUUUCUGGGUUUUAAGUUCAGGAAACUUAUUGUUGCCAUAAUUAUGCUUUCCUCUCAAUAAUUUGUUGAACUAGUCGUCCAAGAAAUCUUUUCAGAUGAAUUUAGGUGAGCUGGAUUUAGAACUGUGAUGUAACAGUAAAUGAUUGUCCAACUGCACGUUUUUAUAGUGUUGCAGACCUGGAAGCCUUUUAAGGCAGCGUAAGAAUUUGGAGGGCUUCAAUAGUAGCACAGCUCUGGAACGUACGGGAAAAUGGAUCAACGGUUUAUAUUAACAGAUUCAGCCCAAUCACCACUGAUAUGUGGCCUUCCUGAUGACAUUGCUUUUUUGUGCUUGGCAAGGGUUGCUCGGGAAUAUCAUGCACUCCUCAAAUGUGUUUCAAAGAGAUGGAGAGAGCUAGUAUGCAGUGAAGAGUGGUAUUUUUACCGUCGCAAGCAUAAUUUGGAUGAGACUUGGAUUUAUGCUUUGUGUAGAGACCAGGAAGAGCAGCUCCACUGUUAUGUGUUAGACCCCAAUCAGCUGAGAAGGGGUUGGAAGUGCAUCCGAGGCCUUCCACUCCGCAGCUUGAAGAGAAAAGGUAUGGGCUUUGAAGUGUUGGGAAACAAAGCAUACAUUCUGGGUGGCUGUUGUUGGUAUGAAGAUGCUUGUGAUGAAGUCUACUGCUACGAUGCUUCUAUGAACUCUUGGAAUGAAGCUCCUCCUUUAUCAACUGGAAGGUGCUAUUUUGCUUGUGAGGCCUUAGAUGACAAAAUCUAUGCCAUUGGCGGGCAAGGACCAAAAUCAAGUGAUCCAUGUUCUUGGGACACUUAUGAUCCCCACACCAACACUUGGAAAUCUCACGUGGAUCCCAAUGUUGUUCCUGAUAUCGAAGAUUCAAUGGUUUUCGAUGGCAAAAUCUAUAUCCGUUGCGGUUCGUCUGCUGUAUCAUCCCAUGUGUAUGCAGUUGUCUAUAAUCUAUCAAGCGGCACGUGGGAGCAUGCAGACGAUGACAUGGUUUCAGGCUGGCGAGGUCCAGCAGUUGUGGUAGAUAAUACCCUCUACGUGUUGGAUCAGAGUUCUGGAACACGAUUGAUGAUGUGGUGUAAGGGCAAGAGGGAAUGGGUGGCAAUUGGGAGGCUGUCAUCUCUAUUCACAAUGCCACCAUGUCGGCUUGUUUCAAUCGGAAAGAGCAUUUUUGUCAUAGGAAAGGGGCUGAGAACGGUGGUGGUGGAUGUUGGGAAUGCGGGGAAUGCUGGUGGGGUGUUGAUGAGUUCUUCUGUACGACAAUGGAUUUCUCUAGGUGAUGUAAUUAGCUGUAAAACUAUUGCAAUUUGAACCUCUACGAAGAUGAAGUUUUCAAAAUGAUACAUAUUGAACUUAUUGUCAGGGUUUUAUGUUGACGUGCCUUGGUGGUUGGGGUUGAAUUGUACCAAUGCAUCUCCAUACAACUGAUGGUAACACGUUUGUGUUUCUGACAUUAUUGUAUUUGAAGGUAACAGACUCAGGUG